AGCUGUAAAACCUUCUCCAUGAGGAUGGUCGUCUCUUGUACCGACCUUAUCUUCUUCUUCUUCCUCCUCGCCGGCACCAUGAAUCCGGCUGCGAGUGCUGGAACGCCAAGCGCUGGAAGCAGAAACUCGACGGAGUUCAUACGCAAGAGCUGCGCCGCCACCCUCUACCCGGACCUCUGCUACUCGUCCCUCGCCGGCUACGCCAGUGUAGUGCAGCAGAACGCUGUAGAGCUCGCCCACGUCGCGGCCAAACUCACCCUCGCCCGGCUCCGCUCGCUGACCUCCCACGUGUCGGCGGCCGGCCGCGGCACCACUGGCCUAGAGCACGCGGCGCUGCUCGAUUGCUCCGACCUGCUGGACGACGCCGCGGGGUGGGCGCUGCGGGCGGGGGCGGAGAUGAAGGGUCUGGGUAAGGUGGUCGGGCCGGAGGUUACCUGGCGGGUGUCCAACGCCCUGACGUGGAUGAGCACGGCGCUGACGGACGAGGUCACGUGCAGGGACGGGUUCGUGAGGGUGGCGGCCGGGACUGUGAGGACCGACGUCUCCUACCGGAUCCGGAAGGUGGAGAAGUAUACGAGCAACACCCUUGCCCUCAUCCACAUACUCGGCUUCAACUGAUGACCACUUGUUUGCCUCCUCAGCUUAUAUAUUUACGUAGCAGUUGUUCAUGUUACACAUGCUUAUUAUUUCCGUUGGGUACCGUUCAGUGUCUGCUAUCGUUAACUGUGAACAUAACCUUUCAUCUUCGUCCUCAGUCCUGGUUGUCAUCGCAGCAAACUGGCAAAGCACCCUACUGUGUCGUGAUGGUGCAAGUUUGUUCUGCUACAUUUGCCUCAUCAUUUUGUGAGUUCAAAUACCACGAUCAAAUCAUUUUCAUGGUCA